AUGUCUAACACACCCGCGGAAGGACAGAGCAGCGCCGCGCCCAAAAAGUCCUUCGGGAAGCGCAGCAAGUCCGCUUUCGAUAAGGGCUGGGCUGCCUUCGAGCGGAUGGGAGCCCCCGUCAAUAGGCUCACCAACAAGAUCGGCUCCGAGGCUUUCUGGCCGUCAGACCUGGGACAAGAAUCAGAUAAAGCAGCGAGAGUUCUGAAAUCAUUUUGCAAGGAUGGCGCCUACACCCAAGAGCUGGUCAGGACGGAGACGAGCCCAUCGGGGAAACCCGUCUCGCCCGGCCCGAACAACAAGCCCAAGGUUCUCAUGAAGAUCCCUCCCAAGGUGAUCCAGAGCUGCGUGGGGCUGGCCAUCUUCUCGGUCGUGCGUGCGGGUUUCUGGAUCAGCGGCGCCGGCGGCUCCGGGGUCCUCAUCGCAAAGAAGGAAGACGGGAACUGGGGGCCGCCGUCAGGGAUCCUGGUGCACACGCUGGGCGUCGGGUUCAUGGCCGGGAUCGACAUCUACGACUGCGUGAUCGUGAUCAACAACCGCCAGGCGCUCGAGGCCUUCAAAACCAUGCGCGUGUCUCUCGGCGGCGAGCUCUCCGUCGUCGCCGGGCCGUUCGGCGCCGGUGGCGUCUUGGAAUCCGAGCUGUUGAAGAGCCGCAAGCCGAUGUUCAGCUACGUCAAGAGCCGCGGGCUGUACGGUGGCCUGCAGAUCGACGGCACGGUCAUCGUCGAGCGCAACGACGAGAACGCCCGCUUCUACGGGGAACGCCUCCCCAUCGCCGACGUCAUCGCCGGGCGCAUCCAGAACAUCCCCAGCCAGACGCGCCUGCUGAUGGAGAUCGUCAAGCAGGCCGAAGGGCGCACCGAUGUCGACCAAAGGAUGAUCGACCAGGUCAACGACGAUCCCGCUCCCAGCGACAUGGACUUGGAAGAGCCCAGGGGGCAGCAGCAGAACAGAUACUCCACGGCGCCACCGCACUACGACGACGCGAUGUCCGUCACCUCAUCAGCUCCGUCGCAGGGCCACUACCCGCCCGAGAAAACAGGCCACGCCACCGAUGCCUCCGACGCGCACGAGCAAAGGCCGGCAUACCCGCCUCGGCCUGGCAGCAUCGCGCCCUCGUCCGCCUCUUACGACCACAUUGACCAGCCCCACCUCGACAGAACGCUGUACGACCCGCCCACGCCUGUGCCAGGCGGCAGCAGUCCCUUCCCGGCGCCGCUGAACGUCAGCAGGCCGGGGUCGAAGGACGAUGCGACAGGACCGCCGGCUAUCCCAAUGCCCGAAGGCUCUCCGCCACCGCCGCCCAAGAGCGAGAAGCGGGACGAGAAGAGGGAUCCAGAUGCACCCCCGACGUAUUGA